GAAUAUACAUGUUAAACACAUAUUCUGACCCUUCGGUCAGACAGUUCAUACCGAGUUAUUCAACCUCGUGGAUAGAAUAAAACUAGGGACAAUUAAUAUGUAACAUACUGAACUGCAUUUAUUAAGCAAUAGUUAUGUUGUAAACGCAACAGUGCAUGUAGUAUAUAAUCACCGCACAUGUGUAAGUGGAAGUUCGUUUAUAGGAAUAUUUAGGUAAAAUGGAUUCUCUGAAGAGUCUGUCAAUUGUUGUUUGUGCGUUUGCAGUUUUCUACUUCUUUAUUGUCCGUUCUCCUUCGAUGCCAUCUGUAGUUACCAGGACUGAACUUCACAAAAGCUAUGAUUAUAUAGUUAUUGGGGCCGGCUCAGCAGGAUCAGUUGUGGCUUCCCGUCUCUCGGAAGAUCCAGAAGUGACGGUACUUUUGCUAGAAGCGGGAGGCGAUUAUACCGUUAACGAAACGUACCAUGUACCCUUGCACUUUUUUGACCUACAAAAGACGAAUGUAGAUUGGGAGUACUACACAGUUCCGCAAAAACAAUCCCAUUUAGGUAUGGUUGAAAAUCGUUCCUACUGGCCAAGAGGUAAGCUGCUUGGAGGAUCGAGUAUUUUUAAUUCAAUGCAGUAUACUCGUGGUAGUAAACAUGACUAUGACGAGUGGGCGGAGCUUGGGUGCGACGGAUGGAGCUACGAAGAUGUCCUCCCUUAUUUUCUGAAGUUGGAAGAUAUGAGAAUUGAUAAUUUAAAGGGCUCGAAGUAUCAUAAUGUCGGUGGAUACAUUGGCGUAAGCACUGGUGGCGUAACACCAAUCGCUGAUAUUUAUUUGAAGGCUGGAGAAGAAAUGGGUUACAAACUUACGGAUUAUAAUGGUGAAAUACAGGAGGGAUGGAGUCCAAUGCAGCUCAGUAUACGUGAUGGAAUUAGAAGUAGUACCUCAUUAGAAUAUCUUGGAAGGGCUAUUGGUAGACCAAAUCUUCACGUUGCUAUUGACUCUCUUGCUACAAAAAUAAAUAUACAAAAUAAACAAGUUAAAGGGGUAUACUUUGUUAGAAAUGGACGGAAGAACUAUAUUGAAGCAAAGCGGGAAGUUAUCGUAUCUGGAGGUGCAGUCAACUCGCCCCAACUGUUGAUGUUAUCUGGAAUCGGUCCAAAGAAUCACUUAGAUGAUCUAAACAUAAAGGUGGUGGCUGAUUUACCAGUGGGUGAAAAUCUUCAGGAUCAUUUAUUAUUACACACGUUUGCUGGCAUCACGGAAGAUGUCGGUAUCACACCGGAAAAGGUUAACAGUUGGAAGACGCAGCUACAGUAUAAACUCUUUGGUAAAGGCAUUCUUUCAAUCGCCGGACUAGAUGCGACUGCAUUUUUCUGUUCCUAUGAAACGGAGCAAAAAGACUGCGCAGCAGAUAUACAGUUCAUGAUGUAUGGUGUUGCUAUGUCUGAUAAUUUUUUAUGCUUUAAAGACGAAAUCGCUAAAGAAUAUCUAUUUCCUACAGGCUCUUUGGGGUUUUCUACGGUAAUAAGCCUUAUUGACCCAAAGAGUGUCGGUACACUUAAAUUGAAAUCAGCUGAUCCGUUCGAUUAUCCAUUGAUUGACCCCCAGUAUUUGACUGAUAAACGAGACAUUGAUGCGUACGUUAGAGCAUUUCGCCUUUGGGAAAAGUACGUUUCAACGCCAUCUAUGAAAAAGAUAGGCGCAAGCAUGGAUAAGAUGAAACUAUCGUUUUGCUCACAGUACGAAUUUCGCUCUGAUGAUUAUUGGGAAUGCAUCACAAAGCAUCUGGCCUACACUGUUUACCAUCCAGCAGGCACAUGUAAAAUGGGUAGGGAGAAUGACCCAACAGCGGUCGUAGAUCCGGAAUUAAGGGUGAAGGGAAUCAAAGGAUUGCGUGUUGUCGAUGCGUCUAUUAUGCCGAACGUCAUAUCAGGAAACACAAAUGCUCCUGUCAUUAUGAUUGCAGAAAAAGCUUCAGACAUGAUAAGAGGGAAAUAUACUGUACAUAAUCUGAAGAGAAAGUUAUAGAAAAGAAUUUCAAAUGAUAUCAUUAAUCAAUUAUGGUACAUUAUUUAAAUGCACUAUCAUUCCUGCAUCUAAAAAAUUUGUUCCAGAAAGAUUUUCUUAAAAGUUAUUAAUAAUCAUAUUUGCACAGUUAGUACAUGUAUGAUAGUAUUUGUUCCGUUGUAGUUAAAACGUUACAACCUCAUCUGAAACUUG